AUCAGAGUUGAGUACAGAGAAGAGACCCUAGAAAAAGAAAGUAGAGAGAGAGAGAGAGAGAGAGAGAAAGGGGUUGGGGUAGGGUCCAACAACUACUUACUGGAGCCAAAAGUUCUCACAUAAACCUUUCCUCCCUUCUCUCUCCCCUCUCCGCCCUAUUUCUUCUUAUCUUUCUGUCACACUGCCGCCUCCCUCGAGUCGAGUCCGCUCUUCCUCCCCGCCCCGCCCUGCCGUCCGAGGAGAGGAGAGGAGAGGAGACCAAGGAGAUUUGCCGUUUUUUUUCUUCACGAGGGAGCCGCUGCCGCUGCGACUGCGAGGAAACAGAACAAUCCGUGAGGCAAGGACGGUUGUGAAGCAAAGUGAUCAAAUGGCAGCCGAGUCCUCUGUUCCACAAACUUCCUCUGAAUCGGCUGCUCACAAGAUGGGCUUCUUCAGAGUCCCUGAUCUUCUUGUCAAACUGAGCACCAAAUGUUUGAUUGAGUUGGAUGCUGUCCGCAGCCCAACAUCCCCCUUAGACCUGAAAUUGUUCACAGGCCUUGCUACCAAAUCACCCAGAUCGUCCUUCCUUGAUGCCGGCGCAGUCAGCCAGAACCAAAAGAUCUUGCUUGGGGACAGGGUUGGCCUUGGACUGGUGGAUUCUCUCAGUGAUGAAAACAACCCCACACCCUUGGGCAGCAGGAAGGUUCUCCUUGGAUCUGAGAUGAGGAUUACUGACAACUUAACUCGAAAGAACAGCUCCACUGCUCCUAAUCAAGCUGGACUGCUUGAACAGAAAGAUGAGAAUAUGAGUGAUGGACUCAACGGUAGUAUCAUGUCCCUGGAUGACAUUGUCAAUUCAGAGGAUUACACCUGUGUUGUUACCCGUGGUCCGAACCCUAGAACUACCCACAUUUUUGGAGACCGUGUUUUUGAGUUUCAAGCCGAGCAACUGAUCCCUGAUGAGGGUGGGUGUGAGGAGAGUUUGGCCCCUCAUCUGAAUGGGGAUACCAUGAGCUUCUGUUGUUUUUGCGGUGACAAGCUCAAAGAAGGGAAAGACAUCUAUAUCUACCAGGGUGACAAAGCCUUCUGCAGCAUGGAGUGCAGGGAGAACUUCAUGGAAGAUGAGAUGGAAGGUGAACCUUCGAUAGGUCACUCUGAUCCCAGCGGCCCAUCCUUUGACAAUCGUCGCAUUUUCCACCUGAUCCAGUGAGCGAGCGAGCAUCAGUAAACACUUGAUGUGGUCGUAUCUGAAGUGCUGUCUGAGGUUAAUAAGCUGCAGCCAUGGAUGUGAUCAUGCUGAUCAAGUUUUUGCGUGAAGAUUUUGUCUGCUGCGGCAACUGAUGAAUUUACCCCGCUUAAUGAUUUCUUUAUUUUCGUUACCUGGAUCCUCAAAUUUUUGGAGGAGCCUGAACGAUGACUGUGCUUCCGGUCAUAUUAUUAUUUUGAUCGGAAAAGGGUGUGUGCGUGUGUUUGCCUGAACCUCAAUUUCAAUUGGACGUCAUUUUGUCGACUCCUAUUGAGUAUUGUGUCAUGUAUCUGAACCUAAGCUUCUACAUGUAUUUGCAUGUGGUACACAAUAAUAUUUGAGUAUACUAUCUUGUUCA